AUGUGUCUGCUCAGCAUGCUGGGACACAGGUUUGACCAGAAACAGCAGAAGAGCUUCCUGAGACCUCAGAAGGAUUACUGGGAUUUUCUCUGCACUGCCCUCAGGCAGCAGCGGGGGAACACAGAGCCAGCCCUCUUUGUUCACUCACAGGACAAGUUGAAGACCCCUCUGGGAAAAGGCCGUGCCUUCAUCCGCUUCUGCCUCGCCCACGGACAGCUGGCCGAGUACCUGCAGCUCUGCCUCCUGAACCCAGAGCUCACCAGGGAAUGGUAUGGCCCCCGGAGCCCUCUGGUGUGCCCUGAACUCCAGGAGGACAUCCUGGACUCGCUAUAUGCUCUCAACGGGGUGGCCUUCGACUUGGAUCUGCAGCGGCCGGACCUGGAUGGGGCCUGGCCCAUGUUCUCAGAGUCCCGCUGCUCUAAUUCCAGCCGGACCCAGGGAAGACCCAGAAAAACCAAAGACUCCCCAAAGGAGAUCUCAGCUGUAAAUGGAGGCCUCAAAGGAGUCCAGCCAGAGGAGGCACACACCAGCCAAGCCAGCUGUCUGCGAGAUGCACCAGGGGAAGACCAGUUGGCUGGACUCCCCAUGUCCCAGCAACACAGACAUCUUCCUCCCUUUUUGGAAAAGAAAAAAGAAGAUCCCAGGAGCCUCGGGGGCCCCCACAGCAUGUGGGAACCAGAGAGGGAGAAGCCACAGCAAGACCAGGAGAUGGGAGCCCCACAGACAGGGAUCUGCCUGGAACACUCAACACCCAGCAUCCCGGGGCUAAGGGAGAGGGCCAACUGGGCUCUGAAGGAGGUGGUAGGGACAGAGGGUGAGGGCCAAGGGGUUAUGCUGAGUACAGAGGGUCAAAGAACAACAGAGGGGAGUCAUGAAAGGGAAGCAGAGUGGGGUCACGACCAGGGGCUGCUGGUCUCCAGCCCCAGAGGGACGAAUGAGGGCUCCAUGUCACGGAACAGGCAGGAGAACAAGGAGCCUAGCAUUCUGGGGGAGCCCAGCGUCCUUCAGGGCCUGGGAACAAAGGAAGGUUCCGCCACAGAGAAGCCACAAGAGCAAACAGGAGUGACCAGUGUGACCAGGAAGGAAGAGCAAGCAGAGGUGGCCUUGCAGGAUGUGGUCAAGACCCUCAGACAUAGGCUGCAGAAGACCAAGGAGCAAGCCGGGCACCAGGAGCAGCUGCUGAAGGAGCAGGAGAGGGAGCUGAAGGCAAUGCAGGAGCAGCUCAGCAGGUGUCAGGAAGAGCGGGCCAGUCUGCAGGCAGCGCUGGAACAGAGGCAACAGGAGGCUGAAAGGAGGAACGCCAUGUAUGAGGAAGAGCUUGCAGGGCAGCGGGACCUGAUCCAUGACAUGAAGAGGCGGGUGCUGGAACUGAUUCAAGAGAAGGACAACCUGUGGCAGAAGGUACAGCAACUCUCUUCCGUGACCCCUGGAUGCUGUGUCAGCUGUAGCAAGCUCUUUCGCCGGCUGUCUCGGCGGUACCCAUGCAGGCUGUGUGGAGGCCUGGUUUGCCAUGCCUGCUCUCUGGAUUAUAAGAAGCAAGAGCGCCGCUGCCCACCUUGUGCCCAGAAAGGAGAAGCCCAGGUUGUCUAAUCAAGACCCAGCCAGGACUGGCCAUCCAUUCCACCCUCCCCUCAGCACUUUCAGGACCUAUGAUCUGACCAGUACUACCUUCCAGAACUUGGUGACUUAGGCAGAUGGCACUCAAGGAGCCAGACUGCGGUGUGGAGAGUGGAAAGGGCCAGGCUGACAGUCAGGAGACGGCUCAAGCCCUGCAUCUCCCACUGAUGAGCUGGGUGACUCAGCUCUCUGGGCUCUUCGGUAAUGUGAGGAAGUCGGGCGUCAUCCACUCUAAAGUCCCUUUGGCUUCAGAAAAUCCUUGACUAAGAAUAAGAACCAAUGGCCUUGACUUUCUCCUCCACACUCUCUCCUCACCCAGACCACCCUUCACCAUACUGCACUGUCUCAGGGUCCUCAGGAGCAUUCUGUAUGGAGUCUGCUUCGGGCUCUGUUUUUGUCCUGCUUUGUUUUUAACAUCUUUCCUGGGGCACUACUAACAUAUAACACACUUCACAUAAAUUUUACAAUUUGAUGAGUUUUUACUUUAAUUUAUACCCAUGAAGUCACCACCAUAUUGAAAAUAAUGAAUGCAUCCAUUAGUGCCAAAGUUUUCUCCUGCCCUUUGGAAUCUCUCCAUCCCCCUCCCUUCCCCCCACUCCCAGAUAACCACUUACCUGCCUUCACUAAAGACCAGUUUGCAUUUCCUAGAAUUUUAUAUAAAUAGAAUCAUAUGGUCUGCCUUCUUUCGCUCAGCAUAAUUAUUUUGAGAUUCAUACACAUUGUUAUUCAUCUCAUAGUUCCUUUUUUUACUGUUGAGUAGUAGUCCACCACCUGGAUAUAGCACCAUCUGUUCACACAUUUACCUGUUGCCAAACAUUUGGGUUGUUUCUAAUUUGAAGCUAUUACAGAUCAGUUUCCUAUAAUCAUCUGUGUACGAACCUUUGUGUAGACAUAAUGCCUGUAUUUCUCAUGGGUUAAUACCUAAGAAUGAAAUGGUCAGUUCAUAGGGCAGGUAUAUGUUUAAGAAACUGCUGAGUUAUUUUCCAUAAAGAUUAUAUGUUGUGCCAUCCCACCAGCAGGGUGUGGGCGUCCCAGCUGCUCCCCAGGGCAUUUGGCUUGGGGGGCAGGAGAAGAGACACAGACAUGGAACUUGGGCCUCUCUAUCCUUCCCCUCCAACCACUGUGGUGAAUUAAACAGUCCCAAGUUGUAAGGCUAGAGGGAGGGGCUUAGUCUAGGUGACUCUGUGCAGUGCUCACUCGCUAGACUUUAAUAAAGACAGUUCAGCCGAAACCGGUUUGGCUCAGUGGAUAGAGCGUCGGCCUGCGGACUCAAGGGUCCCAGGUUCGAUUCCGGUCAAGGAAUGUACCUUGGUUGCGGGCACAUCCCCAGUAGUGGGUGUGCAAGAGGCAGCUGAUCGAUGUUUCUCUCUCAUCGAUGUUUCUAACUCUCUAUCCCUCUCUCUUCCUCUCUGUAAAAAAU